UAUGGAGAAGAAAAGAAUUGCAGCAUUGCAUAGAACCAUACCAAACUCAUCAGAUUGAAGAUGAAAUGUCUGUUUCAUUUUUAGAUCAAGUUGGAUGGGACAAUUUUCUUAGCGUAUCGGAAUAUCUCAUCGUAGUGUCUCGCGCACGUGUUCCCACGUUCAUAUGUAUGUAUAUAUGUGUGUGUGUGUGUACAUAUAAUUAUCUAGAAAUAAGCAAUGCUGGUUUUUUGGCAUCACUAUCCUCUUCCCGAGAAAAUUUCCUGCGCUUACAAUAAACCGCCAUUUCUUCUUCCUUCACGGGCUUCUCCCUUCCCCUCAAGAUCCAAGUUACGACUCAAAUAUUCUCUCAAGUAUUGCUGCUUCAAAAAUGAAAUCGCAGAGACACCCUCCAAAGAUAAGCAGGGGUUUUCUGUACUGGAAUCAGAUAAUAAUCCGUGGGAUAAUGGAAGUGUAUGGAGCACUAUGGCUCUAUAUAUGUUCUAUCUGCAUAUUCCUUUUGGUGUUGGAGGCCUAUCCAUUGCCGCCUAUGUACUGCACCAACCUGCUGGUCUUGAUCCACAGAGUCAAGUCCUGUCGCUGCUUGUAAUGCAAAUAUUAGAACUAGCUGGUACUCUGCUGUUACUGAAGAAUACCAUUAAGCCGCAAUAUAAGCUUGCACACUUCUUUAGGCAUAACAUCUCAGAAGAGAGGAACUUGGUGUUGGCUUCAGCAUUAGGGUUGAGCUUUCUCAUAUUGUUGGUUUUCCUAUCUUCUCUCCUUAUUGACACAUUUAUCGAGGCCAAGGCUGUGAACAAUCCCAUAGUGAAGGAAAUCCUCCAAAGUAGUGACAUAGCCAGAGCUGCUUGUAUCCUCGUUUAUUGUAUUAUCACUCCGGUCCUUGAAGAAACUGUUUAUAGAGGCUUUCUUUUGACAUCUCUUUCCUCGACAAUGAGCUGGUUUCACGCAGUCGCCAUUAGCUCAGCCAUCUUCAGUGGCGCACACUUCUCGGGUGAGAAUUUCAUACAACUCUUCAUCAUUGGAUGUGUCUUAGGAUCCUCAUACUGUUGGACUGGAAAUUUAACUUCUUCCUUUCUAAUUCAUUCCCUGUAUAAUGCCUUGACAUUGUUGAUAACAUAUUAUCUUAGAUACUAAAAUUUUUAGCUACUUUCUUUACUUUUCCUCUCUUUAUGCCUACUUUGAUUCUGGAUCAUCGAACCAUCCAUCGGACUGAUGCUAUCUCAUCGAUGAUCCAAUAGUAACAUUGUAAGAAAUCAAGGGUAGUUUGCUCUUUUUCAUUGUAACAACUGCAACUAGGGUUUGGGUUUGGAAAUGGUACGUAGAAAAGUUGAGCAAUCGGGACCCUUAACCGACCUAGUUUCAACAGCCCGAUUUGGUUACAGGCUGGGCUGUUGCAAUACGCCUAGAGGUUAUGCACUUUCAUUUCCUGCCACUUGUAGCCUAUAAAUAGCCAUGAUGCCUGUGAAUGAAAGGCAUAAAAAAAUCUAUUUACCUUAAAAGCAAUCCAAUCUCUCUCUUUCUCUGAUAUCUUCUUCCUUUUCUUUGAUUGGAAUCAUAAACAAGGUUCGAAACAUACAUGUUGAGAAUUAGAUCCGCAAACACACAGAUCCAUGUAACACACAUACAGCCAAUGAC